GUCCGUGUGCUGCCGCACUCUGUGCCAGUGGUGAAUGUAUCGAGUAUAACGACACGUUUGGCUGUUUCAAUACCACAUGUGGAGCCAAUGAAGAGUUCAUUCGAUGCCCGUCUUGUGAACCGACCUGUGGACCCGCUGUGCCCUGUGUUCCCAUCUGCUUAACGCCAGCCUGUCGAUGUGUCGAUGGUUACGUUCGUGACAAUGGAAAGUGUAUCAUGAGAUCCGACUGCAGGAACAGCUUUGUUGGCGGAU